AUCUGUUCGCUCGACCAGACUUUCCUAUAGGUGUCCAGUAUCUCUCGCUAGUCAAAGAAUGUAAAAGCCAAUCAUCGCGUUCUUUUCUGUCAAAUCCCCAUAAGCAAGGUUGUCAUUGCAUUUGAGUUGUAAGCAACAAUAAAAUGCGUCUGCAAUCGCUCAAGAUAUAAAAAUAACUGCACCAGCGAACUUAACGCGAAUCCCUCGCUCCCUUUUCUAAAGCUGCUACUCUCUCACAGAGAUCACACAAUAUGAAGGAUACAAUCGUACUGCUCUUUCUGAAAAUCUGCAUUGCAACAGCAUAUGGAAAAGUCGACGACUAUUUAAUUAUAGCAGAGCGAGACAAGUCGACCGAAGUGGGGGAACUGAAGAAACCAAUGAAAGUAUAUGGAGCGCCGAUCGGUGAAUUACGCGCACCUCUCUCCAUCAGUGAGACUCAUUCUAGCCCAGCCCUCCCCCCACUGACCUCUGAACCCCCAGACCCUGCUCCCCUUUCAUCACCGAAGCUUAAGAGCUUCCCUCUGAUGGACAGACAGGAGUCCUCAUCACCCCAAGAGAGGAAUGCAGACUACCUUGACUUCGGCAGUGGAGUGGUGCAGUCCAGUGGCGAUUUUGAGGAGUCUUGUGCCAUGUUCCAUCAGGAGUGUUCCCAGGACAGUUACUGCACUGACUACUUGUUAGGCUUCUGCUGCCACUGCCGCUCUAGCUACUAUGGAAAUGGGUGGCAAUGCCUGCCUGAAGGUGUCCCCCAGCGUGUGAGUGGAAAGGUGCGGGGUGUAGUGGCGGUGGGGAACAGCCUGGUGGAGCUGGCCGAUGUGGAUCUGCACGCCUAUAUGGUGGUGGGGGACGGACGAGCCUUCGCCACCCUCAGCCGAGUCCCCGAGCACGCUGGCGCGGCACUGAUGCCCCUCACCCCCAUCGGAGGCUUGUUUGGUUGGCUGUUUGCCCUGGAGAUGCCAAACCACCAAAAUGGUUUCAGCAUCACCGGUACUGAAUUUACAUGCCACACGGAGAUGAUAUUCAGGCCAGGAAACCAGCGUGUGUCCAUCGUUCAUGAAGCCAGGGGCCUGGACUACCACAAUUACCUGGGCGUGGACACCCGUAUCCAUGGAGACUUGCCCUUCAUAGCUCCUGGUGCCACAGUGCAGAUCGAGCCUUACAAGGAGAUUUUCCAGUACUAUCCAUCAGUGGUGACAGCCACGUCGGUGCGCAAGUACACUGUGGUAUCAGCGGAUGGCAGCUUGGAGACCUUCUCCUUCCUUCUGCAUCAGAAUGUGACGUAUAGGCACUGUCCGCAUGGCCCGCCAGCCAGCCCUGACACCCAGCAGCUGAGCGUGGAGCGCGUCACCGUCAUGUACGAGACAGAGGAGCAGAGCCUCAGAUAUGCUUCUGCUAACACCAUAGGGCCUGUCAGAGCAGAGCCUUCUUCAGUGAAUCCCUGCUAUGAUGGCACCCACGACUGCCACAUUACUGCCCUAUGCCUGCCUGGUGAAGGUUCCAUGUUCCACUGCCAGUGUGCUCUGGGAUACUGGGGCAAUGGCCGCAGCUGUCAUGAUGUUGAUGAGUGUACCGAAGGCCUCAGUACCUGUGGUUUUCUCUCUCAGUGUGUGAAUGUUCCAGGCAGCUAUCACUGCCUGUGUCACAGUGGCUACCAGACGGACUUAGAUGGAUGGACCUGCGUAGAUAUUGAUGAGUGCCUGUCCCAGCUGUGCCAUCUCCACGCCUCUUGCACCAACUUCCCAGGCUCCUUCCAGUGCCGAUGCUGGCUCGGGUUCCAGGGAGAUGGGUUCCAGUGUCUGCCCCCUAGUGUGCACUCUCAGCACCCUUUGACCCAAUGCGAGCAGCACAGAGACACUCUGCUAGAGAGUCUGGGGCCUUGGGGAGCACGGUCUGUCAUGCAGGGGGCCUUUGUGCCCCAGUGUGAUGAGGAUGGUGGGUACAGACCCCUGCAGUGCCAUGGCUCUACAGGACACUGCUGGUGUGUGGACAGCAGGGGCCAGGAGCAAGCUGGGACCAGGACAUUCCCAGGUACCCCACCCUCCAACUGCAACCAACCAGCCCCAUCCAUACCACGCCCUGAGACAGUAUGCGAGCGCUGGAGGUAUACCCUAUUGGAUCACUAUGGAGGCCAGCCAGUCUCCAAGGACUACAUACCCCAGUGUGAUGUCGUGGGCCAGUUUGAACCUGUGCAGUGCUAUGGAGACAGCACCUACUGCUGGUGUGUGGACCGCGAUGGGAGGGAGAUGAUUGGAACGCGCUCGCAUGAUGCCGUGAAGCCUGCCUGCAUUCCGACUGUGGCUCCUCCCACAAUACAGCUGCCACCUCGGCCCAAUGUUGCACCGCCCUUUUCAGGCCCCAUGCUCCUAUAUGCUCAGGGGCAGCAGAUUGGGGCAUUGCCUCUGAAUGGGGCUCACAUGGACAAGGAGAAAGCCUCAAUCCUACAAACACUGCAGGGAUCCAUUGUUGUUGGGAUUGACUACGACUGUCGGGAGAAGGUGGUGUACUGGACAGACCUUGGCACCCAGACAAUCAGCAGAGCAAGACUUGACCCAUGGGGGGAACCCGAGACCGUUGUCAGCUCAGGGUUGACUAGUCCUGAGGGCCUAGCUGUAGACACGUUACACAGGACACUUUUCUGGGUAGACAGUGGGACGGACAGAAUCGAAACAUCUGGUCUGGAUGGCAGUGCCCGAAGAGUUCUUUUCAACACUGAUCUGCUGAACCCACGAGCCAUUGCUGUGGACUCUUCCAGUGGAACCCUGUACUGGACAGACUGGAACCGAGACUCUCCAAAAAUAGAAAGUUCCAAAGUGGACGGCCACAACAGGAGGGUGCUGGUGCAAGAUGGAAUUAGGCUUCCCAAUGCCUUGACCUUUGACCCCUCCAUGAAACACCUGUGCUGGGCCGAUGCAGGCACCAAACGGCUCGAGUGCAUAUUCCCCGAUGGGACAGGGAGACGUGAGAUCCAGAAAGGUCUGAGCUACCCCUUCAGCCUGGUGUCCCAUGACAACUAUUUCUUCUAUUCAGACUGGACAAGAGAGGCAGUCUUGGUCCUGAGUGAGGAUGGCCAUUGGGUUACAGAUGAGUACCUGCCUGAUCAGAAGUCUCACCUGUAUGGAAUCACCAUAACCUCUCCCAUCUGCUCUUCAGGUUUCUGAUACACUAUCACCAUAUGCAGCCAUGCUAUUUUUGGAUGACGGUAAUGGUGGGAAGUUUGCUCUAUGCUGUGAUUUGUGUGAGUCUUUGGGAAUCAUACGCUGCAAAUACAGGACACCACAAUCAUUGCUACCGCAGUUCCUCACCUCACAUCUCAACCAAAUUCAAAUAAAAUGUUUUUUGUAAACAGUGUUCAGUAAAGAUUUACAGCUCUUUGUGUAAGAAGGAAAUAAAAGCACGGUGAUUUGUACCAGAUAAAUAUAUUUUUUGACUUGUAUACUUAAAUAUGAGUUACAUAGAUCAAAUUAAAUUGAAGAUUUCCAGAAAUGA